CACAGCGAGAGGAGGAGGAACAGCAGCAGCAGCCAGAAGGCAGACCACACCGGAACGGCAGAGGAAAGAAAAGGCAAAAGGCAACCCCAGCAGGAAGCGCAGAGACAAAUUCCAGCUGCAAAAAGUGCAACAGCUGCAGCCCCAGAACUCCAGCGAGUGCCCAAGCCCAGUGCCGAGUCCCAGGCCAGGCCCAGGGGAGACCGAGCUGAGGCUGUGGAAGAAUGUUUAGUGCAGGACACAUACGGCAGCUUCAAGUGGCAACUGUGGCAGCAGCAGCAGCAGCAGCAGCAGCAGCAGCAGCACCCGCAAGCACAACUGGAUAAUAGUCCUGCGGCAAUUGUUGUAGUCCCACGCCGAUGGUUGCUGGUUGCAGUAGUCGCGUCAAAGCAUAAGCAAAAUUCACCAAAAAUCACAGCAAACCGCAGAAGAACCGAAGCCGCAGACCGUAAGCCACAGCGCUCAGCCUUAAGCCCUCACGCCGCAGACGCAAUCAGAGCCAAGUCAAAUCUGCUGCCAGCUGCUGGCCACUUUGGUGUGACGUCACAGCGUCAAGUAGGACACCGCACGGCGCAUCCGCUUGCGGCGCUGUCGCGCAUCCGCGUCAUGGCAUCCUCCACGCAGCACAGCAGCCUCCUCAGUGCGCUCUCCGCGGCGCUGCUGCUCAUACUUUCGCUGCAACUGUCCGGCGUCUGCGGCGUCAUCGAUCGCCUGGUGGUGCAGACAUCAUCCGGCCCGGUGCGCGGCCGCUCCGUCACCGUGCAGGGCCGCGAGGUGCAUGUCUACACGGGCAUCCCCUACGCCAAGCCGCCGGUGGAGGACCUGCGCUUUCGCAAACCGGUACCGGCGGAGCCCUGGCACGGCGUCCUAGACGCCACACGUCUAUCGGCAACCUGCGUCCAAGAGCGCUACGAAUACUUUCCGGGCUUCUCCGGUGAGGAGAUUUGGAAUCCCAACACAAAUGUCUCUGAGGAUUGUCUGUACAUCAACGUUUGGGCGCCGGCCAAGGCGCGUCUACGACAUGGCCGAGGCGCCAAUGGGGCAGAGCACUCGGGCGCCAAGCCAGCGGACACGGAUCAUCUCAUCCACAAUGGCAAUCCACAGAACACGACCAAUGGUCUGCCCAUUUUGAUUUGGAUCUAUGGCGGCGGAUUCAUGACCGGCUCGGCCACCCUGGAGAUCUACAAUGCGGAUAUCAUGGCAGCGGUGGGCAAUGUGAUAGUCGCCUCCUUUCAGUAUCGUGUGGGUGCGUUUGGCUUUCUGCACUUGGCGCCGGAAAUGCCCGCGGACUUUGCCGAGGAGGCACCCGGCAAUGUGGGGCUGUGGGAUCAGGCGCUGGCCAUACGCUGGAUCAAGGAUAAUGCGCACGCCUUUGGCGGCAAUCCCGAGUGGAUGACGCUGUUUGGGGAGUCGGCCGGGUCCAGUUCGGUGAAUGCUCAGCUGAUGUCGCCGGUGACGCGGGGCGUGGUCAAGCGGGGCAUGAUGCAGUCGGGCACGAUGAAUGCCCCCUGGAGCCACAUGACCAGCGAGAAGGCUGUGGAGAUUGGCAAGGCGCUGAUCAACGAUUGCAACUGCAAUGCCUCCAUGCUGAAGACCAAUCCCGCUCAUGUCAUGAGCUGCAUGCGUGGCGUCGAUGCCAAAACCAUUUCGGUGCAGCAGUGGAACUCGUACUCCGGCAUCCUCAGCUUCCCAUCGGCGCCGACCAUUGAUGGCGCGUUCCUGCCCGCGGAUCCCAUGACACUGAUGAAGACGGCGGAUCUCAAGGACUACGACAUACUAAUGGGAAAUGUCAGGGAUGAGGGUACCUACUUCUUGCUGUACGAUUUCAUCGAUUACUUCGAUAAGGACGAUGCCACAGCCCUGCCACGCGACAAGUAUCUGGAGAUAAUGAACAACAUUUUCGGCAAGGCAACGCAGGCGGAGCGAGAGGCCAUCAUAUUCCAGUACACCAGCUGGGAGGGCAAUCCGGGCUAUCAGAACCAGCAGCAAAUCGGACGCGCAGUGGGCGAUCACUUCUUCACCUGCCCCACCAACGAGUAUGCCCAGGCGCUAGCCGAGCGAGGCGCCUCCGUGCACUACUAUUACUUUACACAUCGCACAAGCACCUCGCUGUGGGGUGAGUGGAUGGGCGUGCUGCAUGGCGAUGAGAUUGAGUACUUCUUCGGCCAGCCGCUGAACAACUCUCUGCAGUAUCGACCUGUGGAGCGUGAGCUGGGCAAGCGUAUGCUCAGUGCGGUCAUCGAGUUUGCCAAGUCCGGCAAUCCCGCACAAGAUGGUGAGGAGUGGCCAAACUUCUCCAAGGAGGAUCCCGUCUACUACAUAUUCAGCACGGAUGACAAGAUCGAGAAACUGGCACGUGGCCCCCUGGCCGCACGCUGUUCCUUCUGGAACGAUUACUUACCGAAAGUCAGGAGUUGGGCAGGUUGCGAUGGCGACUCGGGCAGUGCUUCCAUUUCACCCACACUGCAGCUGCUGUUGCUCGCUGGACUGCUCUGCAUUGGCGCCGCCUUGAGACCCAAAGGAGUUUUCUAAAAGAAAACCACAAAGCCACAGCCACAAAGACACACUCAAAACACACACACACACACACUCAAAAGAGACACCUAAAAUUAAAACACAUAUUAAAUAAUAAUAAACAAAAAGAAAAUGUAGCAAGCGGCAAGAGAAAGGCAGAAAAAUGUUUAUGCAGCACGCAGCAGAAGGUGCAGCAAAUUUGUUAAAAACGGAACCUAGUGGCAUCGGCUAGUGCCGAUCCAAUGGAUGGAUUACAUGCUGAACGAUUGCUAUUUGCUGAACAAAUUUGUAAAUUGAAAUUAGAGCCAGCUAAAAAAUUUUUGCAUAUCACACGAGCGUCUGCGGACCCGUGGCGAGGCCGGGCCCAAAACCAAAACCAAAACCAAAACCAAAACUCAACCAAGAAAUUGUUUUUGUGUAUUAGGACGCUUGAUUUUGUAGGAACCUGGCCCCCGGCGACGCGUGACCAGUCUCCCAACACAGAACUUUUGAUAAUUGAAAAUGUUUGUAGACCCGAAUGGACUUGCGUUCCAUUCGCCAAAAGCCAGACACCAUUUUGCCAGAGGGCCAGCCACGCCACAUCUUGAGCGCAUUUAAUGGCACAGAUUUUUGUUGCGUUUUCAGUUCGAAGGCGUCGUCCUUGUCGCCUAACGGUAUUUGGCCAACAAUUGCAUUGGUUUCACAUUAGGUUGAGGUGUUUACUUGAUUUCGAUUUGCUUUCCCAGGGAAAACCACACGACAACAACCAAUUGUAUGCACAACCAAGUGGAAAUUUUUGGAAUACAAAAUGAGAGCAGACAGACACAGACAUUUGUAUUGUACACAAACAAUUGGCGUUGGAACAAAUUGAAAAUGAAAUUAACUAUGAGAUAAAUGCUAAGACCCAACCCAAGUCCAGCACAAACCCAAAAACAACAAAUUUUUUGCGAAAAUUAACAACCAAAGCAAAUUGAUAAAAUUGUAAUAAAGAAUCGAACGCGGGCUAGAGCGGAGGUUUAGCCUACGGAUGGACGGGGCUAGUGGAAAUAUUUAUAUGGCAAAACAUAUCAGUAUAUUAUAUAUAUAUAUAUCUAUAUACAUAUACAUACAAAAACGAAAACCAAAAAACAUAUAUACACGGAAUAUUGUAUUUGUACUAAACGUUUUACAAAUUGGCUUAGUGACAGGAGGAAAAAUUAAAAGCAAAAAACUAAAAUAAAAUAAAUUGGAGCGAAAGGGAGCUGGAAGCGUAAUGGUAAUUAGAAAUUUUAUACACUUAGUGAAAUUGGAUCCAAAAAAACUAUUGUUAAUGAGAAAAAACAGUGUGUACUUGGUAUGUCUAUAUCUAUAAAUAAAUAAAAAAUAUAUUGUUCAAAAGUAAAAUCAAGAAAGCUAAGCAAAAGUAAUGAUAGAUCAUUUGUCAACAAACCCCUAGAGUUCAGUGUGUGUCGCAGACUAAGGAGAGAAAAGGAGAGAGAUAGCUAAUGGAGAGCAAAAUCCGUAAUCGUAAAUGUAAUAUGUAAUAUGUAAUAUGUAAUAAUGUAAUAACCGUAAAAAGUAAACCGUAAACUGUAAUCUGUAAUCGUAUUAAAGGCAUAUCAAUAUGUAUUAAAACUAUGAAACGAAAAACAAACCUUUCGAUAUUAAACUAAGGUAAGCCACACUGAUAUUAAUUAAGUUAUUUUUAUCAAACUAUUAUCAUAAUAAAUAAAUGAAAUACCACACCCUAGAAACAACAAAGUAUUAGACUUAUGAAGAACAUGCGGCGGCGGCACGACUAAUGUAACAUUAACAAAUGUCUGCUAAACAUUUAAAACGUUUUAAAACCAAACACAACAACAACAACAAAACUAAAGUCUAAAACACAACAACAAAACUAAAGUCUAAAAUCUAAAAUCUAAAAAAACAAAUCUAAAAAACAAUUCAAAUGUUGUAAUUGUAUUAGGAAUGAAGAAUUGUUGAGCGAUGUUCGCUUUCCACUGGUAGCCACUACGAAACCAAAAAUUAAAUGACACUUAGGACACAGUAGGGGUCAAAUGGCAGGGUCUCCAAAGCCACUCGACACAAUCCCCCAACCCCCUCGCACCGAUAGCCAGCACUCCCACACUCAGAACUCUCCAAAAUGCACCGCGAAAAACGAAUUGCAAUUCCAUAAUCCACACGGGCAUUCCUAAGUUACAAUCUACCAUAAAAAUAACUUCGAUAAAGCAUAGACAGCAAAUACGACAAACACUUUAUUAUGAGGAGACAAAAAAAGAAACUUAAACAAAAAAUGGGAUUUUUUAUGUACGAGUAUAAUGUGGACAUUUAUAUUUUUAUACCAUGCAAAGAAGUGAAAUGAAAACGAAAAAACGAAUAUGAAUAUGAAUAUGAAAAUGAAAACAAAAACCGAAAUUGCAUUAAACAAAUAUUUAACAAAAGAAUGAACGAGAAUUAACUUUAACUUUUUUUACUACAAAAUGAAAAAACUUUGUCUAAAACUUGGGACUGGACUGUUUAAGUCCCACCCCGGAAUAAAAAUGUGAAAAAAAUCCAAGAAAAAAACUAGCUUUAAUCCCUCUACCCUACCCAAAUGAUUGCACCACGUUCGCCUCAAAACAAAGUAAGAAAAAAACUAAAAACUAAAUGAUUAAAAAAACCCAAGACUAGACUUUGAUAGUUCAUCCAUUUUGUAGCGAGGAGUGGGCCCCAGGCCAAGGCUGCCCUGGCUGCCGCACUCAGUCUUUGGCCCAACCUCCAGGCCAGGCUGGGGUGCAGGUUCGAUCGGCAGCCGUGGCUUCGGGUCCACUCGGGCCCAGACCUAGGGUUAAUGUUGUAGUAAGCAAAAUAUAUAUGAAUUUAGUGUGUAUUAUGCCUUCUGCCUUUGACAAGAGAAAACGAAAAACGAUAAAGAAAAGUGAACCUAUAUUCAUUCUACGACUAAAAACAUAUUUUUCCAAUUCCUUUCGCCUCAACCGAAAAAUAGGAAUAUUUUUGUUGUCAUUUUGCAUGGUUUUCGGCUCAAGCCAAAGAAUUGACAAUAUAAUAUUUCGCCUUAGAAGCAAAAAAGGAGCAAAACGAAUGAAAGACAAACAAAAUUCCAAGUGUUAUGCUUAUAGAUCUAAAAUUUUUUAUAUUGUAUGUGGACGGACACCUGGGACAUGGAUGGACAUUCCGCAAAAGCAGGCGCCACCAAAAUGCCACUCGUAUGAUUUAUACAGAUUUGUACUCUUCGUUGCGGUUCUUCCAAAGCCAUCUACAUAUACAUACAUACAUACAUAGUAGCUACACACACACACACGCACACAAUACAACACACACAUACACGUUGCAGUGUGCUUUUGCUGUAGUAGUCUGCCAGUUGUAAAAGAAUUUAUACGAGUAAAAAUAUAACACGACAUUUUCCAAUCUAUGAUAAUAAUGAAAGCAUGCUGGUCACACUGAAACACACAUACACACACUAUCAGACUUUAUGUACUGCGCACACACACACACACAUUAAGUGUCCGAGCAGCAUCGGGUUUGUGUUUUUGUAUAGAAACAAACAGAAAUAGGCAUAAAAAAAGCAAAGAAAAAGCAAAGAAAAACCAAAACAUAGUUCAAGUUUUUUGUUUGUUGUGUAUUAAGAAACAAGUUAAAAAAUUAUAUCAGCUACGACAUCUGAUAAUAAAAUCGAAUAUAGGUGGUAGACAAGGAAGAGCCUCUCUCUGUACAAUGUAAUAUGUUGAUUGCUAAACAAUACCAAUACAAUAUCCCAAAAGCAGAAACCAAAUACGAAGAACACACAAGAAAACAUAAGGAAUACCAGGCACAGAAAUGCAUUUGAAACCAAAAACCAAUUCUCACACUUAGCGUUACAAAUAAGUGAAUAAUAAUAAUAAUAAUAAUAAUAAAUAAAACCUUAGAGGAAGAUUUAGCGAAAUUGAAUACAAGUUUUUUAUGUAUAAAAUCAAAUACAUAUCAAUAUAUGGCCUAUUGUUUAUUUAGUUUAAUUAUAUACUACGGCUAGCAGUUAAAGGAUAAAGGAUAUUGGAUAGUGGGCUAGCGGACACCAGAGGGCUCUGAUUUAUGACCUUUUAAGUAGGCAAUUUGUAUAAAAUUAAGCAGCAAAAAACACACACACUAAAACCCGGCAAAAACCGAACAGAACCGAGCAGAACCGAACCGCACCGAAACGGCGGGGAAACCAAAACGAAAUUGUGGCUAAAUAUGUGUUCUUACUUGUUAGUGGUAAUAAAAAACAAAAGUUAAAACUUAAAAGCGUAAACGUCUCUGUAACGAAACAAAAAACAAACACAUACAAUACAAGACAUAAGUAAACCAACUGUAAUUAAGCUGUUAGCUUUUAACCAUGCCAAGCAUUUUGCGUUGACUCUUCUUUGAUCGGACGUACAUUUUUGAUUUAUUCAUUUUUGCUUGUAGUUGCCUCCACACACACACUCUCAAACACAUGAGUAAUAUGUAAUAAGCCAUGUAUUUAACCAAGACCAGUAGUGUGUCCAGCAAAUCAGACAACUAAACAGAGUUAAGAGCCACUAAAAAUAAAAAUAAAUAUUAAUAACAGAUGCGACAAGACAGCUUUUGCCCACGCAAAAGAGCAAAAGUCAAGAGCAGUUCGACAAAAAAUUAAUAAAUCGAGACUCAUAAAGUUUAGCACACACAAGCACACACACAUACACACACGCAGCCAAAUGGCCAGCUGGCUAAAUGGCUUAAAUGGCAGCUCAGUGUUUUGGUCCUCAUUCUCUGUUUUGAAUUUGAAUAUCGGUUUAACGACAAGGCAAACACACAGCAAAAGCGGAACCAAAGCAAAAGCAAAAGGCAAAAAGCAGAGUUCUAUGUAUUAUGUGUGUACCAGUACGUUGUCAGAGCCGUUGUUAACAAUUUAAUUAUAAUUAUUAUUGUCGCAGAACUUACUUUAACAACUAAAGGAAAUGCAGUUAUGCGGAGCUGCGUAUGCAAGAGUAUAAUUGCUGUUUAAGAUAUUACUAUACAUAUAUGUAUGAAUAUAGAUACAUAUAGAUUGGAAAUUAUGACAUGAGCAUACAAAAUGUAGGGAUCAUUUUACUGAAUAUAUAUACAUACAUAUAUAUAUACAUACUAUAACUACAUAUACUCGUAAUCGAAACCCCGAAAAUUCUGCUAAAAACCAAGAAACAGAAAGCCGUAAAACAAAAAGAUAACACAAAUUAAAUGCUAAAUGUAAUACGAUUGCUAAACUCAAGAGAAAGUAAGGAACUACCAAAACAAAA